CAGAUGCUACAGCUGCCACAGCCUCAGUCCCUCCAGCAGAGGUUGGUGCUUCUCAGGAGGCUGAUCAGGUGUUUGAGCCGGCGGAUCGCUUGCCCUCCCGGAGUGAGGCAGCCGCUGUGCAGCCCGUCAUUGGGAUCAGUCAGAGAGUGCAGAUGAACUCCAAAGAAAAGAAGGACUUAGGGACACUAGGGUAUGUGCUGGGGCUGAUCAUGAUGGUGAUAAUCAUUGCUAUUGGAGCCGGCAUUGUCCUUGGGUACGUCUAUAAGAGGGGGAAAGAUCUGAAGGAGAAGCACGAACAGAAAGUUUAUGAGCGUGAAAUGCAGCGCAUCACACUGCCACUCUCAGCGUUCACCAAUCCUGCCUGUGAGCUCGUAGAAGAGAACACGAUCGUGGUGCACACUAACCAGACGCCCGUGGAGGACACGUGCGAUGGUGGUGGACCGCUGAUGGGGCAGGCGGGUACUCCUGGUGCCUGAGCAGCUCGGGCAGGAGCAAAGCCUCCAGCUGGGAGUGCGGGGGUUGCGUGUGUUCAUUUCUACUUUGUUUUCUUUUUGAUGAAAGCCAGAUGAAGGUGAUGCAGAGGGACAGAGCGAUGGGCUAUUCAUCAUGAUCUGUUUGAGGGACACCAUUUACUGCAUGGCCAGCUGGGGACUGGUGUGGUGGGCCCCGCUGCUUCCUCCCACCUAUCUCCAUGGUGUGCCAAGGAGCUGGGUGGGAUGAUGGGCCAGGCUCACAACUGGCCACAGAUCCUGUAGCCCGCAGUAUGGUCUUGGCUUCCUCUUUUUUUGUUCCUUUCCUAUUUAACGGUGUGCACUGUUACUUAAGUUUCAGCCUGGAAUCCCAGGAGGGAGCAGUACUGCAGGGACU